AUGAAUAAGCCUCUUUUGGAUGACAAGAGUUCUAUGGAAUUUAGCAUUAGAGAAAGUGCAAGAAAUAAAUCCCAAAUCCUGUAUGACAUUCCGCCAAUAGCUUAAAUUUAACUUUUUGAUGUUAGUCAGGAUUUUGAUCCUCUAUUCGAGAAUUACAUUCCUUAGUAAAUGCUGUCUAAAGAAAUCUAAAUGUUCAAAGCGGAACCAAGAAUGAGCUAUUGCUCUAGAAUUUUAAAUGCCAUUCCUGUAUUUCAGCCGGAAUCAAGUGGAUUAUUGCUUUGGCAACUAGUUGUCGUAAUCAUAAUUUUCACUUACCUAUUCUAUAUUCCUUUUAAGAUAGCUUUCACUGAUGAGGCAGACGGUCUGAAUCCAAAUGACACUACUGGAGUGAAGUCUUAUUUAAUCUUCUCUAUUAUAAUGCUGGGUGCUGACUUGCUGGUUAGCUUUAAUUCGGGUAUAAAAAAGCAAGGAGAGGUAAUAUUGGAUCGUAGAGUGAUAGCAGAAAAGUAUGUUAUUUGGGAAUUCGAAUUAGAUUUGAUUGGAGUAAUAUCAUUAAUGUUGUCAUUGCUGCUUAAAAAUGACUAUAUUCGUAUUCUAUUCUACUUGCGAUCGUAUUACGUGAUAAGAUUUAGUGAGAAGAUUGAUCAUUCUUUGCAAUUAAGAAGCAAUUGGAAGGCAGCUUAUACAGUAUUAAAAUUGAUCAUCGUUGUUCUAUUUGUCAAUCACUUAAUGGCUUGCUUUUUCUUUGGUGUUUCUUAUAAGGAAUUUUAGAGAGACGAGGCAGGAACAUCCAAUCUUCCAACUUGGAUUGAAUACAAUGGUUAUGUUGAGAAUGACUAGACCAUUCAACAGUUGUCAUAUUGGUCGAGGUAUGUAGUUUCCUUUUAUUGGGCUACCACAACUGUAUCCACGGUUGGCUAUGGUGAUAUCACACCUAAGAAUGAUUAUGAAAUUGGGAUUACACUGAUUACAAUGAUUAUUGCUGGAAUGGUGUUUGCAUUCAAUGUAGCUUCAAUUAGAGAUGUCAUUGUUGAAAUGAACUCCCAGGAAAUCAGAUACAAUAGUUAUGAGGCUGUUAUCAAUCGUUAUAUGAAGAUCAAAAAUAUUUCUAUGUCAACUCAAGCCAGAAUUAUCGACUAUUAUCAAUACAUUUGGUAAGAUGAGAAGAAUAGAAAUAGACCCAUAGAACAAUUGCUCAUCUCUAAACUUGCUCCAGAAUUACGACAACAAUUGCAAUAUGAGACUUAUAUCAAUUUUGUAAAAUGCAAGAUAUUUUGGAAUCUCAAUUUUUCAGAAAUGUUCAUUCGCUCCCUUGUUUAAUAUAUGCAAGAAGAAAGCUAUGGACCAGGAGAAAAUAUUCACUUUGAUACCCUCAAUCCUCAAUUGUUGUUUCUGUAAAACGGAGAAAUUUUGAUUUAUGUAGAUACUGCUCACAAUUCUAUUAAUAUAAAGACAAGAAUUGAUUUAGUCAACUCUUAUUCUUUACUGAGCAAAGAUUUAGAUACAAGGCUCAAACUUAAUAAUGUUGUAAUAUGUACAAAUUGGCUAAAAGUGAUUUCUUAACUGAAAUUGUCAACUUCCCCAAAGAUUUUGAAAUUUAUCAUCUUCUCAUUUCCAAAUAAUACUCUGAAUAGUCUCAACUUUUUAAUUAAUUAGAAUUAAAAUGUUUCACAUGUCAAUCUGUAAAAUCAUUUAGCAGAUGAAUGUGAUGUCACUCACUAUUAUCCUAAGCAUAUUCUCACUCGAAUCAAAGUGAAAGAUGAUAGAUAGAAAAGAGAAGAAUUUGAAAGAAAAAUAAAAGCAUAAUUCAAUUCAGUAUUCAUUUCUAAAAAGGUUCAACUCUCUAUCUUUGAUUAUAAUAUUAGAGAACGGAAGUUAAAGAGAAUAUCAAUGAAAUAAUAAAUUCAAUUUGAAAUCAUAGAGGAAAUAGAGGAAGAAGAGAAUCAAGAGUAAUAUCAAGAUGACAUAGGUGAAAUUAAAAAUAUGCUCAAUUUAAUUAUGAAUAAAAUGGGUAUCAAAUAAUAAUAAGCCUUCAAAGCACAAAAUGUAUUUAUUCCAUAAAAACCCAAGUUUGAUCCUUACGAAACGUCUUUUGAAAUUGAUCAAGUUAAAAAUUAUGAACACUUUUAUCCAAAAUAUAACUUGGAUAAUAUUAUCAAUAGGAUAUUUUGA